ACAGACUAUAAGAUCCAUAUUGGAGGGGCUGGAAGGCAAACUCCUGGAGAGAGAAGGGGAGCUGGAAGAAGCAGCUGCUGCGUAUGUAUUUUGCAUUUUAUUUUCCUUUCCAAUUAAUGACACAUAAGAAUAUAUAUAAAACAAUGGAUUGAGGCAGUAGGUGUUUUCCAAACAUUGAGUUUCCCAACUCACUGAGCUGAAGCCUUUCUCUACAGCAGAGCAUGAAAUCUACUCAGCUCACUAACCCCCAAUAUUUGUUACGAUAAACAAAGGUUUGUAGCAGGUAUAAAAUUAAUACUCAGAGUAUGUUAUAUUUUUUCCAUCUUUUCCCUUUUAGGACCAGUCAACAAGAAGGAAUCAAGGAAGAAAACAAGCAAGGGGAGCAGCAGGAAGAGGAAAAACAGCAUGAGGAGCGUCAGGAAGAGGAAGAACAGCAGGAGCAGAAGAAGCAGGUAGAGGAGAAGAAGGAGCAGCAGGAGGAGGAGGAGCUGCAGGAAGAGUACAAGAAGGAGCAGGAAGAGGAUGAACAUCAGGGGAAGGAUGAACAUCAAGAAGAGGAUGAACAACAGCAGGAGCUGCAGGAAGAGGAGAAUAAGGAGCAGCAGGAGGAGGAUGAACAUCUGGAAGAGGAGAAGGAGCAGCAAGAGGAGGAUGAACAUCUGGAGGAGCUGCAUAAAGAGGAGAAGAAGCAGCAGGAGGAGGAUGAACAUAUGGAGAAGCAACAGGAAGAGAAGAUGGAGCAGCAGGAGGAGGAUGAACAUCUUGAGGAGCAACAGGAAGAAGAGAAGGAGCAGCAGGUGGAGGAUGAAAAUCUGGAGGAACAGCGAGAAGAGGAGAAGGAGCAGCAGGAGGAGGAUGAACAUCUGGAGGACCUGCAGAAAGAAAAGAAGAAGGAGCAGCAGGAGGAGGAUGAACAACCGGAGGAGCUGCAGGAAGAGCAGAAGAAGGAGCAGGAGGAGGAUGAACAUCAGAAGGAGCUGCAGGAGGAGGAAGAACAACAGCAGGAGGAUGAACAUCUGGAGGAGCAGCAGGAGGAGGAUGAACAUCUGGAGGAGCUGCAUAAAGAGGAGAAGGAGCAGCAGGAGGAGGAUGAACAUAUGGAGAAGCAACAGGAAGAGAAGAUGGAGCAGCAGGAGGAGGAUGAACAUCUUGAGGAGCAACAGGAAGAAGAGAAGGAGCAGCCGGUGGAGGCUGAAAAUCUGGAGGAGCAGCGAGAAGAGGAGAAGGAGCAGCAGGAGGAGGAUGAACAUCUGGAGGACCUGCAGAAAGAGAAGAAGAAGGAGCAGCAGGAGCAGGAUGAACAACAGGAGGAGCUGCAGGAAGAGCAGAAGAAGGAGCAGGAGGAGGAUGAACAUCAGAAGGAGCUGCAGGAGGAGGAAGAACAACAGCAGGAGCUGCAGGAAGAGGAGCAGCAGGAGGAGGAUGAACAUCUGAAGGAGCAGCAGGAGGAGGAUGAACAUCUGGAGGACCUGCAGAAAGAGAAGAAGAAGGAGCAGCAGGAGGAGGAUGAACAACAGGAGGAGCUGCAGGAAGAGCAGAAGAAGGAGCAGAAGGAGGAUGAACAUCAGAAGGAGCUGCAAGAGGAGGAAGAACAACAGCAGGAGCUGCAGGAAGGGGAGAAGAAGGAGCAGCAGGAGGAGGAUGAACAUCUGGAGGAGCAGCAGGAAGGGGAGAAGAAGGAGCAGCAGGAGGAGGAAAAACAUCAGGAGGAGCAGAAGAAAGAAGAGAAAGAUGUUCCUGCUGAAGUAAAACCACGCCUAACCCUGAAAAGAAGGGUUACCAAGAGAUUGCACCGGAUUUGGGUAAUAUAUCGAUUUACUGGCUUUAUCUUUUCAACAUGUCUGCUCACUUUUACUUUCUGGCCUUUAAAAGGGUUGUUCACCUUUGAAUUAAGUUUUAGUAUGGUGUUUCCACCAGAAAGCUCUUCAGGUGUCGUCGACCCACCACUACUCCCUGAUCCCUGA